AUGCGGUGCCCAGAAGUAGUGCAUCCAAUCCGACGCCAGUGUUAUUUUUACAGUCUGAGCCGCUGUGGGGUCGGCUUGGUUUACAGUCUCCCUCUCCCAGUCUCCCUCUUCCAGUCUCCUUCUCCCUGUCUCCCUCUCCCAGUCUCCCUCUUCCCGUCUCCUUCUCCCUGUCUCUCUCUUCUAGUCUCCCUCUUCCAGUCUCCCUCUCCCAGUCUCCCUCUCUCCCUAUCUCCUUCUCCUAGUCUCCCUCUCUGUCUCCCUCUCCCUGUCUCCCUCUUCCAGUCUCCCUCUCCCAGUCUCCCACUUCCAUCUCCCUCUCCCUGUCUCCCUCUCCUAGUCUCCCUCUUCCAGUCUCGAUCUCCCUAUCUCCCUCUCCUAGUCUCCCUCUUCCAGUCUCGAUCUCCCUAUCUCCCUUUCCUAGUCUCCCUCUCCAUGUCUCCCUCUCUGUCUCCCACUCCCUGUCUCCCUCUCCCUGUCUCUCUCUUCCAGUCUCCCUCUCCCUGUCUCCCUCUCCCUGUCUCCCUCUCCCUGUCUCCUUCUCCCAGUCUCCCUCUCCCUGUCUCCCUCUCCCAGUCCCCUCCCUUUGAGAAUCCGAGCAGUUCAGUCAUUCUUCUCUGUCCAACUAUCGCUCCUGUUGCUGCUGCCGAUUACCGCCACCUCCAUCCAACAGAAUUCUAA